CGUCACAUUUGGCGCAUGUUCACUGGGUACAGAAAGGCUGGUUUGUCUUAUCUCUUCGCAUUCUCGCCUUCCAGAUCUUGUGCUCAGUCCAACGAUUACACUUUGGUCUUCGGUCCUUGAACUCGGGCUGGAUUUCCACAAACGACGGAGAGUUUGAGCUCGCCCCGCGCAGCAUGACUCAGAUCCACACCAUCACAUGAGGACGUGACAAUCUCGCGAUUCUCAGCCUGCGCCCAACAAUCCUGAUGAACAACAUCUCAACAUGGCUCCCAGCAGAGGAAGGGGCAGAUCAAGGGCUACGGCGAGUGCAAGCAGGCCAUCUAGGACGUCAACCCGCCCUCCACGCAACCAGCAAGAUGUCUAUCAGGAAAUGCUGGAUGAAGCUGCCGCUUCCGAAUCCUGGCAUAGCGAUUCAGAGCGCCCGCUCAAGAAGCGCAGAAUUGUCACAAACGACUCUGGUACCCCAGGAUCCCGGGCGACUGCAUCAAGUAGUGUUCGCGGACAGCGCGCCGUUCAGGCUAUCGUCAUUUCAUCCGAUUCGGAAGACGAUGACGAGAGCGACAUUGAGUUCGAAGACGUGGAUCUGGACCAAACUACACCGAAUGGACAGGCCGAUGAUAUCGCCGAUGUGUCUGUCACCAUCGACCCCCAAACUACGCCAAAACGUCGUACUCCGGUGAAGCGCAGGCCAGCCUCGGCGUCAGAAAAGGCAUUUCGCCUGUUAGUCCACAAGGCGCACGUGCUAUGCCUCCUCGCCCACUGUAUCUACGUCAACAGCUGGUGUAACGACAGCGCAGCACAACAGCAUCUACAUUCCAGGCUGUCGAAGAAGACUAUCUCCUAUCUCACUCCCGACGCCGAGCAGUCGCAAUUCCAGCGGAAUCGAUCUUUCAUGGAUGGCCUCCAACAGGCUUCAGAUCUCUUCCGGGGCAGCUUCGUGGUGAAUGCCUCGGGCAUGCGAAAGGCGACAUGGCCUGCUGACGACGAUCCUGACACCCCCCAAGUCGAUGCCGAGGCCCUGGAUCGAGCGGAUUUCAUUACAGCCGCGAAAGAAAUGAGAGGAAGUCAGGAUACAGCUAAUCAACUGUUUUGUGCCAUGCUUCGUUCGGUCGGUGUGAAAGCAAGGCUCGUAUGUUCCCUGCAGUCUCUGUCUUUCGCUGCCUCUGGUCCGAAAUCGAAUACACCUCAAAAGGCCGUCAAACCCGUCGUGCUUGCCAUGGCCUCGGAGACGGAGUCUGCAGCCAGCGAUUCCAACACCGACACGAGUAGCGCAAAGAGGCCUACCAGCACAGGCAAAGUACCACCCGUCCGUCGCCGCCUGGGAGACCCAUUCUUCGCCCCCGAAACCACUACAUCCACCCCACUGCCCAAGAGAAAGCCGUUUCGCAAACUCGCCUAUCCCAUCUUCUGGGUCGAAGCCUUCAAUGCCGCUCAGCAGAAGUGGAUCUCCGUAGACCCAAUCGUCACACGCACAGUCCACAAGCCUUCAAAACUCGAACCGCCUUCGUCCUACGAGCUGAACCAGCUGACAUACGCCAUCGCAUUCGAAUCCGACGGCGUAGCAAAAGAUGUCACCCGCCGCUACGCUCGCGCGUACAACGCCAAAACCCGACGACAGCGCGUGGAAAGUACAGAGAAUGGAGCGCAGUGGCUGCGAAAAGCUUUGCGUCUCUUCCGUCGCAGAGGCGCACCGCUCGAUCGCGAACAACUCGAGGACUCCGAACUCGCCCAGCGAGAGGCGAGAGAAGGCUUGCCGGGUAACGUGCUGGAUUUCAAAGACCAUCCGUAUUAUGCGCUCGAGAGGCAUCUGAAGCGACAUGAGGUCAUCCAUCCGAAACGCGAGGCGGGGAAAGUCAAUGCGGGCACGGCGGCGAAACCCAGGAUGGAGAGUGUGUUUCGACGGCAAGACGUGCAUGUCUGUCGGAGUGCGGAGCGGUGGUUUCGGGUUGGGAGGGAGGUGAGGGAGGGUGAGGUGCCGGUCAAGCGAGUGCCCGCUCGCCGAGCCAGGCGAACGGUGGAUGAAAUGGACGACGAUGGCGAAGACAGUCUGGUGCCGUUGUAUGCACCCUUCCAGACAGAACUAUACAUCCCGGAGCCCGUGACGAAGGGCAAGGUUCCGAAGAACGCCUACGGAAAUCUGGACGUCUAUGUUCCAUCGAUGGUCCCGGCGGGUGGAACGCACAUCCACCACCCGCUUGCGCGACAAGCUGCGAGGAUCCUCAAGAUCGAUUACGCGGAUGCCGUCACGGGGUUCCAGUUCAAGGGGAGACAUGGCACGGCUGUCAUCGAUGGCGUUGUUGUUGCAGAGCAGUACGCCGAUGCCGUCAACGCUGCUAUUGACGGGCUGGGCGAUGAGCAGAUGGAAGAGGAAAGCAAGGCAAGGAGCGCGGUGGCGCUGAGGAUGUGGAAGCGUUUCUUGACAGGGUUGCGGAUUGCGGCCAGGGUCAGUGCGUAUGGCGAUGGGAACGAAGGUGAACGUGAGAACGAACUGGAGCAGGAGAUGGCGGAGGCAGAGCGCGAUGAAGCCAACGAUGCGGGCGACGGUUUCUUUCCUGGGGAGGGAGAUGGGAAUGUCGCUGAAGAUGAGGCGGCGUUCACCUCUGCAGACGAUUACGUGGACUACGAACCUAAGGUGAAAUCGAGACCUCGCAGACGGAAGAUCGUCGACGAUGCGAGCAGCUAUGACGAAUACAUGCCUGACGCCGAUCAAAGCGUUGGUGAAGACGACGGAGGAGGCGGAUUCUUCCCCGACGAAGCAAGCGAUCACCCUACCGAGAACGAAGGCAGCAUCUCUCGUGAAGCUGGGGAUGUGCUGACGCACACGGCCAGCUCGGAGCGUCCUGCAGUCCCUGCCCACAUUACAACCCCGCCAGAAGUGCAGAUGGGGCAUACGGCAGAUGCCCAGGUUGAUGCGUCCACCAGGGACGAGUCUCACGAAGCGAGAGAAGAUCCGGAGACCGAUCACGGCUCCAUGCUAUCUCAUGAUCCGGAGGACGAAGACGCGGAGCCGGAUUGGUUGGAGAGCGGUAGUGACUGA